AUGACUACACAUCUAAAACAUUUGAAAGUAGCUCCUAAAGAUGUACAUACAUCAACUAUCAUCUUUCUUCAUGGUCUUGGGGAUAGCGGACAUGGUUGGUUACCCGUCGCAAAACAAUUAUGGACAAGAUUCCCAAAUGUGAAAUGGAUAUUACCUCAUGCUCCUACUAUUCCUAUUACCAUCAACGGAGGAUCUCGUAUGCCAGGAUGGUUCGAUCUCUCCACUCUUGAUCGUCUUCUCGAUCCCACAUACGACGACGAAAGAGGUCUAUUAUCAUCCGUCUCCGCCGUUGACGCUUUGAUCCAAUCUGAAGUAGAUGCGGGUAUACCGGAAAAUAAAAUUAUAGUGGGGGGUUUUUCACAAGGAGGAGCUGUGGCUUUAUUACUUGGUUUGACAACUAGAAGAAGGUUAGGAGGUGUAAUUGGGUUAAGUACUUGGGUUCCGUUGAGUCAUAAAGUUGGACAGAUGGUAUCUUCUCAUGCCACUGAUACACCAAUUUUCUGGGGACAUGGAAAAGAUGAUCCUAUAGUCCAUUAUACCUUCGGAGAAAUGUCAUUGGAACUCCUGACCAAACUGGGUUAUCCCAGAGUACCCAACGGCACCACAUUCUCCCGCCCUGGAAUCAGGUUCGAAGGUUAUCCUCGUUUAGGUCAUUCAUCUUCUCCUACGGAAUUGACAGAUAUGUCAAAUUGGAUCACGGAAGCUCUGAGGUAA